AUGUCGGGGACGACGGAUGAUGAUUUUAGAGCUAUAGCCACAAUUUAUCUCACAAAAUCAUUAACCCGUAAGCAGAACUAUACAAUCACACAAGUUCCCAUGGAAGUUUCAGUGCCAAAAGUGAUGGUAGCAUGUCACUUCUUGUCGUAUCCGUAUGCAGUGUUUUUCUGCCAUGGCCUAGACAGUGAACAUGAGAACAAAUUGUUUAAGGUUCCAUUAGUUGGUGAAAAUGUAGAUAGAGUGGAAGGUCUUGCUAUUUGCCACUUUGAAACAUCUACUUGGGACCCUAAUUUCCCAGCAUUACGCAAACUUGGCCUCAAACCGGGAGAUCCAAUAUGCCAUUUUUUAUCUAAAAAUAAUAUCAUUUGGGUUCCAUCAUCUGCCACUACCCAGUAA